GGAAACAAAUAAUGGGGAGCAUGUCGAGGCAUAGGCGUAGUGCUGGAAGCGAGGUUGUCAUUAUCAUAGUAUGCUUGCACAUGCAUUUACCGUGGUACUGAACGUACGGAGCAGUCAGUCAAUACUGAUGAGGAAAGUUUGAAAUCUACGUGAUAACGUGAAUAAGGGUCCUAGUCAACUCAAAUCAUGUCAGAUGAUAUGAAUUCAGAAGCUGUUCAGUUCAAGGAAGAAGGGAACAAGUUCUACAAGGAUGAGAAGUAUGAUGAAGCCAUAGUUUCCUACACCAAGGCCCUCAGUGUCGGCAUUGAUUUACCAAAGACAGACCAAGCAGUCUUCUUUAAGAACAGAGCAGCAUGCCAUCUCAAGCUAGAGAACUUUGAACAAGCUGCCCAAGAUGCACAAGCAGCAUUAGACCUCACUCCUGGAGACUUCAAAGCCAUGUUCAGAAAGUGUCAAGCCUUGGAAGCUCUCGGUCAGAUAGAGGAGGCCUUCAAAUCAGCCAUGCAACUCAAUCAUAUGGAUCCAAACAACAAAUCUGUCAAAGCCAUGCUAGCAAGAAUGAAUGUCCUCAUCAAAGAAAAGGUGAAAUCAAUGACUUCAACCAACAGCAAAGUAGACCAGAUGUUCACAAUUGUCGCUGAUGAAUCGGCAAGCCUCGAUAAGAGGAGAGAGGCAGCCAAUAAUCUAAUUGUCCUUGCCAGAGAGCCGGCGGGGGCAGAGAGGAUAUUCGGUGAGAACGGUGUCGAACGGAUGAAGAAGAUCAUGAUGUCGGAGGAUACUGAAUUAGUAGUAGCAGCUCUUAGAGUAAUCUCUUGCCUUUGCCGUGGUCACAGAUCAAGGGCAACUGCAGUUAUCACACAACUCACUUUGAAAACUCUUGCCAAGUACUUUGCCAUGAAUACUGAAGUCAUUGCUAAUGCUGCUGCUGGCAUCCUCCUCACUGCCAUCCAAGCGAUGAUCAGCAAAGAUAAACAAGAGCUGAAGAACAGUGAUGAAGCCGUAGUACCUGACUACACUAAUGAGUUCAAAGCCUUGUUGCUCUUCUUCUUGGGUCUUCUAACUGACCAGUCUGUAUCUGGAUAUGGAAGGGAUGCAGUCAUUGACAUGAUCAUCAAGUUCAUCCCAAGGAAAGAAGGUGCAGGCCGAGCAAUGGCUUUUCUUACAAAUGGAGGCUUACACAAACUGUUGACUGUAUCUGGUCAGAUUCCUGAGUUGAAACGCCUUCCAGUCUCACCUAACACACGCAUGCAUGCCUCUGUGGCCCUCAAUAAGCUCUAUGAUGAGAUGCGUAGUGACAAACAAAGGGCAUACUACCAAGACUUGGCUGAUAAAUUUGUUAGUGAGAAAUUCAAUAUAAAUAGCAUGGAGACAAACAUGGAGGUACUGACGGCAAUCUCGUCUCUGUUGCAAGGACCCACAGAGGUAGGCCAGAAACUCUUGGGCCGUGAGGGCGUCUUACAAGUCAUGAUUGCCAUGGCAGCCAGCAACGAUGUCAUUCACCAGAGAGUUGCUCUGGAAGCCAUCAUCAAUGCUGCAGGGAAGAAGGAACACUGUACAGGGGUUCUCCAGAACGGGGUUACCAUCAUGAAAGACCUCUUUAAAUCCCCUAAUGACCACAUCAAAGUGAGGGCCCUGGUGGGACUCUGCAAGCUGGGAUCCGCAGGUGGGACCGACUUCAGCCUCAAGCCUCUCGCCGGUGGAUCCAUCAUCAAACUCACGCAGCAAGUCAGAAAAUUUUUGGUGAAUUCCCAGAAAGACCAUGACCUGAAGAAAUGGGCAGCAGAGGCCCUGGCAUACCUGUCACUAGAUGCCGACGUCAAAGAAUCCAUCGUUGAAGAUUCUGAAACAUUGCAAGCUUUGAUGGACCUCUCAAAGACAUCCGAUAAGACAGUAUUAUAUGGAGUGGUAUCAACAUUUGUGAAUCUGACAAAUUCCUACGAUGUCCAGAAGCCUGAGCCCCAGCUGGUUGAGUUGGCUCGUUAUGCUAAACAGCACAUUCCUGAAGAACAUCCAAAGGAUGCUACUGACUACAUAGUUCAAAGAGUGAAGAAGCUUCUUAAAGCUGGCAUUGUACCAGCACUGGUUGCGCUGUCCAAGACAGAGAGCGAAAAUAGCCGAGAGCUCCUUAGCAGAGUGUACCUGGCCUUGGUGGAGGAUGUGGACCACCGGGGUCUUGUCGUUCAGCAGGGUGGUGCCAAGGCACUGGUCCCAUUGGCCAUUGAAGGUACACUUGAAGGGAAAACAAGGGCUGCUCAGGCCCUUGCAAAGAUCGGCAUCACCAUGAACCCAGAAGUUGCUUUCCCAGGACAAAGGCAUCUGGAGGUAGUUCGUCCACUUGUCCAAUUGCUUGAUGUAGAGAAUACAGGCUUACAGAACUUUGAAGCACUCAUGGCUCUCACCAAUCUAUCUUCUAUGAAUGAUUCAGUCAGGACCAGAAUAAUCAAGGAAACUGGUUUCUCCCAGAUUGAGAAUUACAUGUUAGAAGAACAUGAUAUGAUCAAGAAGGCAGCUACGGAGUGCAUGUGCAACCUCGUCCUCAAUGAAGCUGUAAGUCAUUUUUUUUUUAUCCCAUUGCUUAUCAAACUAUCUGCUUUUAUUUUGUUUGGUUGUGUGUUUUUAUUUCUGCAUUCACAUGCAUAACAUACAGACAUAUACAAGAUAACAUACAUGUACCAAGGGAAUAUAUAGUUGUAAUAUAAAGCAUUCAAAAUGAAUGUAAAAAAUAUCAACAAAAUGUAUUUUUCAUCAAAACAGGUUGGCAAGUUAAAGGAAGCAGAAGACCGCCAUCAUGAGGGAUUAAGCUUGAUAAUGAUGGCAGUCUUGUAAAAAGCUUUAAAUAGCUUGGCUGCUGCAAUACUGUAGAUUACUUGUGUGUUUAAAAUAUUCCUUUAAGUAUGUUUGCAUUGGUCCAGUGAGGGUUGUUAUUCAUGCAUGUGAGCUUCAACUAAAAAAUUGAUAAAUCGUAUAUUAUUAAUUUGUGUGAGAGCCUCUUUUGAGUUUUAUCUUGUAUGAAUGUAUACAGUAUGUUCUGACAAUGUUACAGUGUGGAUGAUAUGAAAUUAAAAGAUGUUUCAAUUGAUGUAUUUCUUGAUUUCGCGUGAUCACAUGUUUUGCAUGAAUGGGUAUGCAAUCAAACUGAAAAAAAUGAUACACGGUCCCAACUACAUGUACACAUGUCCUAAUCCUACCGUUAUUGUAUAUGCAAAGACAGAGAUACUACGCACAUACAGUCAAACUAGUGUGUUACAGGAGCAAAUUUCAAAGCUUUGUUAUAAAUAUUCUUUCAAAAACUCAUUCUUUUUAAAGUGAAAUACCAAUUCUUGGAACCAUGUAAGUUUAAUCAUAGUGUGAUUCAAGCUUCUGUAUUUCAUUUUUUAUUCAUGUCAACAAGACUGAAAUCAUGGCAAUGAUAGAGGAAUUAUAAAAAAAAAAUAGCAAUAGAAAUCAAACUUGAAUUUUCAUUAAGUACUUUUUGGGGGGCCAUGAGAUGGCUGACUGUGCUCAAAUGCCCUUCUGCUUCCAAAUAUGUAUUAUAUAUUAGUUUACUUUGUUCUAUGCAGGUACGAAAGUAGCAACAAAAUAAGGCUUGUCAGCAGCAGUAGAGUGAAAGAUUUGCUGCUUUCCCAAAUAUGUGCUUCUGAUGUAGGUACAAAAGUAGCAGUAGAACGCAAGACCUGCUGCUUCCCAAUUAUGUGUUCCAUAUUCAUUUAUUUUUUUUUUGUGAAAGUAGCAGCGAACGACACUAUUUAUACGAGGCUAGUGGGCAGCAUUUUGACUGCACAUACAUGUACACAUGCAAGAUUUGUCUUCAUAACCGCCUUGGUGUCACAGAUACAUGUAUGUAGGUGAGAGUAUUUUAUAUGGCUAUACAC